AGAGAGCGUCAGCGAUCAAAACCCCCGGUCCAACCUGACCCAAAAAUAAACAACAGGGAAGAAGAAAAAGAAAGGCAUGAGCGGCAGAGGCAGAGCUCCUCCGGCAGCGAGCACGAGCGUGACGACCACCAUCACCCUUGAGAAUCGGGAGGCGUCGGCGUCGUCGUCGUCGUCUGGGUCGACAUCUUCGCCGUUGGUUCUGCGGCUGAAUAGGAAGAAGAAGCAAGUCACCUGGAAGGAGGGAACUGUGGACAACGAGUUUAUGCAGAAGAAGAGCUCCAAGAAGUGCUGCAUAUUCCACAAGGAUAAGCCCUUUGACGAAGACGAUACCGAUGAUGAGGACGACCACCACCACCACCACGAUCACCCUUCAUCUUCUCAUAAUCAAAAUCACACCACUGUCUGACUAUACUUGUUCGGAUCUGAUCGUGCUUUCGCUUCUGGAUAUGUGAUUGUAAUACCCUUUUGCAGUU